AUGGAUAAAACUGAAGCGUCUACCUUUAAUAACAAGAAUAUUCCUGAUGAAGAUGAAGAAGAACUAACAAUGAACAUUGUUAAUAAACCAACUCAACAUACACCAAAGAAUAUACUUAUGAAUAAUAAACUACCUCCUGUAGCAAAUUCUCCUAAAAUAGUUAAAAACACUAAUUUUGUUAAUACUGGAAUAUAA